AUGUUCUACAGUGCAAGGCGUACAGUUUCAUAUAUGUCAAGGAAGAAAAGUUAUUACGAGAUUCUUGGUGUGAAGCGUGAUGCGAGCGAUGAGGAAAUCAAGCAAGCUUUUGCAAGGAAAUUUCAACAGUUGCAUCCUGAUGGACGGCAUUUUCAAGCAAAAGUAGAGAUAAGCCGUGAUCGAUUUAUGCCAACUCUGACACCUACCGAGCAAUUUAUGCAAUUAAAACAGGCGUAUGAUGUUCUUAAAAAACCUGAGAAAAGGAAAGAAUAUGAUCGAGAAAUUCGAUGGGGCAAAGGUGAUCUGAUGGCAGAUGAAUUGACGAAUGUGAUGCUGAAUGAAGAGGAUAAACGAAAUUUACGAAUGGGUCGAAAUGUAUUGCGUAAUCAAAUGAUAAGACAACGCAAGGAGGUGAUAUUCACACAACCCGAACAUUUUUACGAUCCAACGAAAAGUAUUGAAAAAGAAUAUCAAAAUAGAAAAUAUGCAUAUGCGGCUGCGGCAUUCGUCAUUUUUGUGUUGUUGGCUGAUGGCAUUUACAUUCGGUAUUUAGCUUCAGUGAAGAAGAAUUCUGCAAGUGCGCAGUCAAUGGGCAUCUCAUGGUAUAAUCGAAGACAACUACUUCUGUCUUUAUCAUUGCAACGUGCUCAGUGCAGUAAUAAUAUCCAUACAAGUCCGUCUUCCUAUCAACAAUCUCACUAUGAAGUACUUGGUGUGGCUCAAGAUGCUUCACUGAAGCAAAUUAAAAAUGCUUUUUAUACACUCUCAAAAAAGUAUCACCCAGAUAUGUUGGGUCAACAACAGAACAACGCAGAGUGUGCAUCCAAGUUUAUGGCUAUCAAAACAGCGUAUGACAUUCUAAGAGAUGCCAAAAAACGGCGUGUAUACGAUUCGCAGUUAUCGCACUCGAGCACUUCACAUGGCUCGUACCCACCAAGUUGGAGCACUCCUUUCUAUCAUCCGCAUAAUAGUCACUAUCCAAAUUAUCAGCAAACAACAUUCUAUUCAUAUCGUUAUCGAACGUCUCGUGCACGCACACAACAAACCUCAUAUACUCAAGCUGAAUAUGAACGGAUGUUUGAUGAGUUCCGUAAGCGGUAUGAAAAUGAAGAACAUCAACAAAUGCAGCAACGUUCCUAUGAGGAAGCACUCAGACGCAGAUAUGACUUCUUGAGACGGAACGGCAUGAAUGCGUCCAGAUAUCGAACGAACGCCAGUGAUAAGGCGUCUCGUUCAGAUUUCUCUGGUUUCGAUCCAUUCGGCUCUAAUUUCGAGAUGCUCAAUAAAAUUCUAACCAUUUAUUUGAUUGUAUUUUUUGCAGUCGCUAUAACAAGCACGGCGUAUCAACGAACCAAUACGAAAUGUUCAGAUUUGAAAGGAUCGUUGACGAAUGGAGUCCUCAGNCAGUCGAGCAGUAUAAGUCUCGAGGUUCGACCCAAACUCGAGAAUGGCGCAAUAGCAAAUCAUGAGAUCACAGUUGAGUCGUCCGAAACGAUGGAAGAGCUGAAGAGUUCGCAUACUUCUUCGCAUUCACUUGCUGAACCAUCAUCUGACGUUCAAAAGACUCUAGCUGAGGCUGCUCAAAAUGGUGAGGUGAAUGAGCCAGAAAGUCUCAGCUUGCCAGAAGAGCGUGAAAAGGAGGAGGAGCCGGCCAAAUCGUCUCAUUUGGAUGUUCCUUGUGAAGCGAAGAAUAACGGUGACCUUGUGAAUCGUGUACCAUCAGUACAAAGCAUUGCAAGCGCUCAAUCAAAUCACUCAUCUGUGUCCAACUCACCCAAAAGACCGCCUGCACCUGUACCUGCUGCACCACCUGCUGCCCCACCCAAAGGUAUUUACCCCAUUGCUUAA